AUGGAUGAAAAUGGAAAUAAAAGUAGUGAAGAAUCCGACUCAAGAUGUUCGUCUGUGAUGCUUGAUAUGCCGGUUUUGUCGUAUUUACCACGCCGUUAUGAUCGUACAUUGAUUGUUCCAUCGAUUUUAUCGGAACGUCAAUCGAAUCCUUAUGCGGUCGAUAUUAAGUUACCACCAUUGAAAUUCUCUACUGCGGAACCAACGAGUGAAGAAGAAGAUUUUCUUGCGUUGAAUCCGCCAACGACUGAACGUGAACUAACGUUAUUCAAACAAAAAUUUAAUCGUCUUCGCGUGACACUCUCAUCAGAGAAAUCACAUGAGUUCAAUUUGUAUACCUGUGAAAAAGUUCGACAGAAGCGAUCUGACUUGCGGCGGACAAUUCGUGAACAAAAGAAACUAAUUCGACAAUUGAUUACUGAAGCAGCUCAAUUGAACGAUCAGAUUAAUGACAUACGAGAUGAAAUUACAAAACAGUGCCAUAAACGAGAUGCAAAUGAGUUAAAGCAGUUGAAGCUUCGUAGUAAAUUAAAUCAUUUGAAUGCAGCGAAAGGUCAAUUGAUUGAACUGACUGAAACUUUUGAUAAAUCACAUGUCGUCAAUGAAUGCGAGGUUCGCUUAUUGCAAUUAAAGAAUGAAUGUCGAGCAGAAAUAGCUGAGCGUGAUCAACAGAUUGAAGAAUUAAAACAACAAUUAAUAGAAAAAUUCGGUUGUCGAGCGAUUGAACAUAAGAAAGCCAUCCGAGCGACUGAACAGGCGUGUACGAUCGAAGGCGAAAAAUGUGAAAAACUACAAGAAGUCGUCGAUAAUUACGAGGCGACUGUUUAUCGAAUGAGUAAAGUACGACCGCUGAACGCGAAUCAGAUACCUGAAGAGCUGCUCAAUGAUAAAGAACUUAAUCUGCAGAUCAAACAAUUACCGGAGAAUUAUAAUUUUGAAAUACAUAAGACGAUAUGGAGGAUAAAAACAAUCAAAGCUAAACGAGUGGCCAUGCAAAUGCCCGAAGGUUUGUUUGUAUUCGCGUGUACGAUCGCUGAUAUACUCAAAGCUUUUACCAAUGUUGAUGUUGUGAUUAUGGGCGAUGUGGCUUACGGAGCGUGUUGUAUUGAUGAUUAUGGUGCUCGAGCUUUGAAAUGUGAUCUGUUGAUACACUAUGGACAUAGCUGUCUCGUUCCUAUCGAUGAAACACCUGGAAUAAGUAUUCUCUAUAUAUUCGUUGAUAUUCAAGUUAAUCUACAGCAUAUCGUCGAUACACUUAAACAUCAUUUUACAUCGGAUAGCAAAUUAGCUCUUGUGAGCACCAUUCAAUUCGUUCGAACAUUACAAAUUAUUAAAGAACAACUGAAAGAACAUGUUGCGGAUGUAAUUAUGCCCCAGACUAAGCCGCUAUCACCUGGCGAAAUUCUUGGUUGUACAUCUCCGAUAAUUCCAGAUUCCUAUUCAAUAUUAUACAUUGGGGAUGGUCGAUUUCAUAUCGAAUCAAUCAUGAUUCAUAAUCCGAAUGCGCCAGCCUUUAAGUAUGAUCCAUAUUCUAAGGAAUUCACUCGAGAAUAUUAUGACACAAAAUCAAUGCAUAGCAUACGCCAAACUGAAAUCAACAAAGCAGCCAGUGGACAAGUUUGGGGAUUAGUUCUUGGUUCACUUGGGCGACAGGGCUCGCCGAAAGUUCUCGAGACAAUCAAACAACGUUUAAAAUCCAAUGGAAAGUCCUAUAUUCAAGUUGUAAUGCCUGAAUUAAUGCCGGAUAAAUUGAAACUAUUCAAAAAUGUUGACGUUUGGAUUCAAACCUCAUGUCCUCGCCUAUCGAUAGACUGGGGCGCUGGUUUUCAAACACCGAUUCUUACCCCAUAUGAAGCGAUGGUUGCACUUCGUCAAAUUGAAUGGCAAAGCCGUUAUCCAAUGGAUUUCUACGCCCAAAAUAGUCUUGGACCAUGGACACCAAAUAAUCCCGAACAUCGACCAUUAAGGCAGCCUCGACGAAAGAUCGAAGUUGCAUACGAGAAUAAAACGUGUUCAUCCUGUGAGACUUGUUCGAAUAAAAGUUAA